GUGAUUUUUGGGCCUGAGAGCCGUGCCGCGUCGCGAAGUGUUGCUAAUGAGUGUAAGGCGUGCGAUGGAGAAGCCAUGACGCAUCCGUCGCAUCAAACGAACGGCGCCAGCCUGGAGGACUGCCACACGAAUUUCUUCGCACUGACGGACCUCUGCGGUAUAAAAUGGAGGAAGCUCGUGUGGGGCGAAGUGGCCGGCGGUUUCGGGGGUACCCCACUCGAGGAUCCGGUACUGUCGAGCUUCUCGCGUUGCCUCGCGGGUGACAUUCUCUGCGUGUGGCGGCGGGUCGCCGCCACGCCGGCUGCCUCCGCCGGCGGCCCGGCAACCGCCUCUGGACCCGGCCCUGGCAUCUUCGAACUGGGCAUCGCGCCCUCUCCAGCUCCUCCACCACUCUCUCUGACUGCAGCCAAGGAACUCUGGAUCUUCUGGUACGGCGAGGAACCCGAUCUUUCUGGUCUCGUCUCGCCAGAGCUCAUCGCCUGCGAAAGCGAACAAGGAUCGUGGGAAAGUGGUUUGUCAUACGAGUGCAGGUCUCUUCUCUUUAAAGCUCUUCAUAAUUUGAUCGAACGGUGCUUACUAUCACGUGACUUUGUUCGAUUAGGAAAGUGGUUUGUGCAACCAUAUGAUGGCUUUGAAAAACAUCGUUGUAGCAGCAGUCACUUGUCAUUCUCGUUUGCAUUUUUUGUGCAUGGAGAAAGCACUGUAUGUGCAAGCGUGGAUGUCAGACAACAUCCUGCAGUGCGACAUCUUACUAGGGCAUGUUUGCAGCGCACUCAAACAUCUCAAUCUGGUGUUAAGGUGAUCUUGGCUCCUUACGGAUUGGCAGGAACUUUAACAGGCCAAGUUGGACGUAUGGAUAGUCAGCUUCUCGAAGAAUGGAAACAUUUCUAUCCAAUUAAUAGUAAUAACAUUGAAACAGGACUGCCACCACUUGUGGAAGUUCUUGUUGGUGGUGUACGCAUGCGUUAUCCAUCCUGUUAUGUAUUAGUUACGGAUAUGGAUGAUACACCACCGGGAGCUCCAUUGUCACCACCAAAUAGUCCUAUUAGUUGUGAAAAUACUUUUGCAACUGAACAAGAUUUUGGAGCUGCUACAGAAUUACCAGAACGCGUAUGGGCAGAAUGUACUUUAAGCUCACCAGUAUCUGCUUCCAAGACCGAAUCUUCCACAGAACUUGGAACCUGGACAUUUGUUGAACCAACGCAAAAGGCUUCCUGUACUUGCUCAAAGUAUACCAACCCCGGGGGUUGGAAGGGCCUGGCCUCCUCACAGGUUCAGAGGGAGAGAGUAGAUAAAGGUGGACGGAGGGUCGUACCAUUUCAUCGACGCUCUACCACCCAGUGGGAUGCUUGCCCCUCUGUCCCUGCUAGUGCCCCCAGGUCCGUAUUGAGCAGAGUAGAAGCACCAAGUACACCACCAGAAGGACCACCAUCUUAUUCAAGAGGUCCACCUACCGGAGGAGAUUGUCUACCAGUUCCAUCAGUAGGAUCACCAGGCUCGCCAGCACCAUCUCCACUUCCAACUCCACAUUCUGAGCCUGCGUCAGUUCCACCAGCAGAACCAACGAUGCCUACACUCAGCCCACAACCACCACCCAGUCACACAAACACUGCCCCUCCUUUAACUCCAUCACAAGGUCCAAAAUCGGCAUCUUCUGCAUGUAAUAAUCAGGCACAUAGUCCUUUACCUGGGCAAACACUAAAACGACCAAUCUUAGCCUCUAGAGAAUACGAAGGUGCUCUUUUAGAAGAUGAACAACCUUUGUCUUGGCUUUAUGAUUAUUCGACACAAGAAGCUUGGCUCAACCAUCCUGUCAAGCGUUUUAAAGGUCCAACGAGUGGUCCAACUAAUGUUCGAAGUAACACUCUAUAUCCACCAAUGAAUUUGCAAGCUUUACAACCUCAAGCACCAAAACUAGAAAUCAAACAGGAACCAAACGUAACAACUAGUGAUUGUAUCGGAAGAAGAUCAGAUCCAUAUGAAUUUGAUGCAAUGGGAGAAGAGAACAAUACAAACGUCGAUGGUUUAAGGCGACAAAGAGACGAUCCACCUAAACCAGGAUCUUUAUUUACCAGCGAAGGUCUUCAAGCAUCUUAUAAGGAUUUGGAACAGAUUUUUGAUAAUUCUGAUCCUGAUACUUCAAGUGACGAGACCAACUUAAAUCAGCUUCAAGUACAAACACCACCUGGUUCUAAUAAAUCGGGUGGUAUGCAUGAAGAGACAAGGAUAGACGGUACAAACAAGCACAACAAUCGUGGUGUAGGAGUAUUACGACCAGAAGAACUCUCCAAAAUGUUUCCAACGCCACCGUCUUUGGAGCACAAUCCAGUAGCUUCGCCAUGUCAGUUAAACGAUCCGCUUACGGACCAAACCGAUCUCUCCGUUCCACAACGUCCACUCAGGCAUCUCCCGGACAUCUAUCCCAAUAUGGGAUCUCCGCAAGAGGAACCAAUCGAUGAUUGGUCAUACGUGUUCAAGCCAGCUCCCAUCUGCAAGAUGGUUGGUUCUUCCAAAUACGCUCCACUUACAAAUCUACCUAGCCAAUCCCUUCCACCCGUUACACUGCCAUCGCACUGCGUGUACAGACCUUCCUGGCAGUGUAGUUCGACUUCCAUCAAUUCGGAUAAACCUCUUCCACCGUCUAGACCCGGAUCCGUUCAACAACAACCUUGCCCACCAAGUCCAGCACCAUUAGGCGCUCCAUAUCGUACGACUACUCUUCCGGGUAGGCCACCGCCACCACCAUAUGACCAACCGAGUCCAGCUACUUCUACAACAUCCUCAUAUCUAAAUAAAAACCUAAACAGUAUCGAGGCAGACACACCGGGGCCAACUCGUGCUCCGGAAUCUAAUUCUCUCGUGGUGAACAUACUUUUGGGUGAUACGGCAUUGAAUAUUUUCCGUGAUCAUAACUUCGAUAGUUGCAGUCUAUGUGUAUGUAACGCAGGUCCGAAAGUUGUUGGUAAUAUAAAAGGUGCCGAUGCAGGUGUUUAUCUAACGAACUCUUGGGGAAAUGGUAGUGCUCUGAUUCAAGAUGACGAUCAAAUUAGGUGCAGCUGUGGUUUUAGUGCUGUGGUAAAUAGGCGAUUAGCUCAUAAAGCAGGAUUAUUUUAUGAAGACGAGAUGGAAAUAACGGGAAUUGCUGAAGAUCCAGCGGAGAAAAAGAAAGGGUCGCUUGCCGCACUUGCAUGCGGCGGAGGCAAAUCAUCUGAAGGAUUGGAUAUUAUUCCUCCGAACGUCUUGGAAUUACUUCGAGAGCAAUGCUUGCUGGUACAGAGUUCAGCGAGCAGUCUUUACAGAGCGGCAAGAAUUUACGCUAGCAUGAAGAGUUACCCAAUGCUCGCACCAACGGUGAAUACUCUAGAAUUCAAUGAUGGCAACGAGGUGUCGCUCGCAGCAUUAGAUCAGGGCAAGAUCGAUAGUACGCAUAGUGAAAGGACUAAUCGUGUUAAUGGCAUACAUCGUUGGGUCUUUCUCAGAGCUCGCGGUCCUCAGUGUAGUGGUGAUAUUGUGAGAAUGAUGAGAGCCCUACAGCCGCUCUUACAAGAUGCAGUACAGAAAAAGUGUACUACUAGAAUGUGGGAAGCACCUUACACCGUUGCUGGACCUCUUACUUGGAGACAAUUUCAUCGUUUGGCUGGACGUGGAACGGACGAUCGGUGUGAACCACAACCGAUACCUGCACUGGUUGUAGGCUAUGAUAGAGAUUGGUUAUCAUUAUCACCUUACGCUCUUGGUUAUUGGGAGAAACUAUUGUUAGAACCUUACGCUGGCCCGAGGGAUAUCGCUUAUGUUGUGGUUGCACCAGACAGCGAUUGCGUAGUCAAUAAAGUCAAGUCAUUUUUCCGUGAGCUUUCAACAACUUACGAAAUCUGUCGAUUAGGGAGACACACUCCAAUUUCAAAGGUAUUACGCGACGGGAUUCUUCGUGUCGGUAAAUCAGCAGCACAAAAGUUAGCGAAGCAACCGAUCGACGAAUGGUUUAAAUUUCUUGGUGAAAAUCGAAUAGGAGAAUUAUUGCGACUAUAUGCUCAAGUGUGUAAUCAUCGUCUGGCACCAUAUUUGACGCAAGUCAUACAAGAUCGAAGUUUAUUAGAUCCUGGUGAUACUCAGCUAUCAAAUAAACAACAGCAGCAGCAGCAGCAGCAACCGCAAACCACUGCUCCUGUUACCGAUACGAUGCCAGCAACGCCUGACGUGAUGACGACAAAGCCAGAAUCUGUUGAAAGCGAAAACCCAAGAAGCGAGACUCCCUCGAAUACAUCAAAUCCAAAUCCGAAUAUCGGUAAUACCACGCCGACUUCGCAAAUGUCCACUGGAAAUUCAACGACGACUAUAGGUCCCGACGAAGAGGAAGUCGAACCACCGGCCGUUGUUGUUUAUUUAGUCGAACCAUUCUCUUUGGGAGGACCCGAAGAUUCGGAUCGGCGACGGCUUGCUAUAUUAGCUCUGUUACGAGCCUAUUCUGCUGCAGUGAACAGCAUGCCUGAAAAUAUUAGAUCUAACAUAAAUGUUCAGUUAAUAUCACUGGAAAGCAUAAUGGAAUUAGGUCGCGCAAGAGAAAGAAGGAAGAUACAAGAUGAGAUGAGAGCUUUGGCUUUAAACGUGUUUCUACAAGGACGUCGUUUGCUGAACCAUAAUUCCACGGUAAAGAGUCUUACUGGUUUCGGUACCGCAGCCGCCGCAGACCUAUUCCUGAAAAGUAAAGAUUCAUAUAGUAAUACUCUUGCAACUCCUCCACAUCAGGAACGGAACAAAGCACCGUACCGAUUGUACGCACCAGCCUAUGUAUUGGCCCCUCUACGAGCGAAAAGCGAAGCGCCGGAAUCAUUUGGAAUUGCUGGACCAGAGGAGUGUGCUGUAUUAUAUUUGAGUUACUGCCUCAGCGAAGAUCAAUCUUGGUUAUUGGCCGUGGCAACGGAUGAUCGAGGAGAGAUCUUUGAAACAGCUACCAUUAAUAUUGAUAUACCCAAUAGGAAACGAAGAAAACGUGCCUCUGCCAGAAGAAUUGGAUUACAAAAACUUAUGGAUUUCAUCCUUGGUGUGAUGUCUCAAGGUGUGCAACCGUGGAGAUUAGUUGUAGGUCGUGUUGGACGUAUAGGACAUGGAGAAUUGAAAGGCUGGAGUUGGUUACUUUCUAGAAAAGCUCUUUUGAAAGCUUCGAAACAUUUGAAAGAAAUAUGUGGACAAUGUAGUCUUUUGUACCCAUCAGCAGCGCCUUGUGUACUCAGCGCAUGUUUAGUAUCUCUAGAACCUGACUCGACUCUCAGACUAAUGGCUGAUCAAUUUACACCCGAUGAAAGGUUUAGCCAAGCAUCAGUAAACUGCCAAUUAUCCACACCACAAGAUGUUACAUGUACUCAUAUCCUUGUUUUUCCUACGUCGGCUACUACUCAGUCAUCCCAGACUGCCUUUCAAGAACAACAUAUAAAUGGACCAGAAUUAGGAGAUGACGAAUUAUUUUCUGCUUUGAAUGACGAUAUGCCAGAAGCCAUGGAGGGCAUGGGAGAUUUCAACGAUAUUUUCAAUGUAUGGCCUGAGGCAGGUGCAGGUGGUGGUCAAAGUCCUAGUGGGAGUCCUCAUCGGCCUGAAGGAUCUCCAUUAGGAGGAGACGGUGGGGGUUCUGGAUUAGGCAAUCAUGAUGGACCAGGUAGUCCGUUUCAGUGCAGUAAUACGUCCAGAGUAGCCGUUGCUGAACAAUCGGAAGAAGUUGGUACGCUUUUACAACAACCACUUGCUCUUGGUUAUCUAGUAUCUACUGCACCAACAGGCCGAAUGCCACCAUGGUUUUGGGCAGCUUGUCCACAUCUUGAAGGAGUUUGUCCAGUUUUUUUGAAAAAUGCUUUACAUCUUCACAGUCCCUCAAUUCAGCAAAAUAGUGACGACCUCCUACAACAACAAAGCGCACUUACUGCUCACCCACUUGAUUCACAGUAUACCACCGAUGUACUCAGGUAUGUUCUGGAGGGAUAUAACGCAUUAUCAUGGCUCGCAAUGGAUGCAAAUACCAAGGAUCGAUUAUCCUGUUUACCGGUGCACGUACAGGCGCUCAUGCAGCUCUACCACGCAGCGGCAGCUCUCGUCUGACCCUCACCCUCUCCCUUUAUAGUGCAGCAUGUGCACCUCUCUCACGCACUUCUUAUUAUAAUGUCAUUUGGGGCUUUACGAGAGCAAUUGGUUCCAUAUGGGCAAUUUCUCUCACGCAUUAGGAAUUUAGAUAUGGUUCGAAUAUUGGGAAUGGUUUUUCGACCAGUUGUUGAUGAAACCAUAGUACGAAGGAAUGCGGCUUUGUUACAAGGAAUAUUUAAAGAAUGAUAUAGAGUAAUGCAUCAUAAACAAGCAGAUCGUAAACAACAGGCCGAAUAAUCCACAGCAUGACAAGUCCGUUUACAAUUUUCUAUUAUAGCUCACAGAUGAAAUAGAUUUGUAAUUUGUGUUUACAAAUGUGAUAAAAAAAAAGGAAAAGCAAAGAAAUUAUAAAAUCAAUGUGACCAUGCCAUGAUAAUAUUUAUGCAAAAAAAGAUAACAUGUGUGUUGUUUGUAAAGGAGCGUAUUAAUGUGAAUAAAGAAGCGUGAAGGAAUGAGAAAGAGAGGAUAUAUAAAGAAGAUAAUUUGCAAAAGCGCCUCUCUGCUGAUGAUAGAUAGUUCAAUUAUAAAUCAGAAGAAUCUCUAGAAUGUUAUGUACCCAAGUUUUUAAUUGUAAAUUAAAUUUUGUACAAAGUUUUUAUUAGUAAUAACGACGAAGUAAUAUAAAAUGAUAUUACGUUGUUUUUUAAUUUUAUAUAGAUAAUAUAAAAUGGAAGGGAGAACUUCGUUUUUAUAAUGCCUCGUAUAAGCCCCUGGCGUGAGAUAAAAUAUGACAAUUAUAUAUUAUGCUCGCGCGGAAUUGGGUCGCUGUUAUCAUGUUUCCUAGACCCAUUAGCGCAGAUUUUCGAUGCUGUUUGACAAAUUUUAUUCGAAUUAGGUGACCUCCGAUAUAUUAUACAUACAUUAUAGUGUAAAAUAUUGUUUUUAAAUAAUUUAUGAAGUGAGAUAUCGCCGAGAUUAGAUAAUUGAAUGAGAGGGGGAGAAAAAGAAUGUUUACGAACAUAAAGAAAUGUGUGUAUGUGAUUUGCGCGCGCGCGUAUGUAUGUAUGUAUGAUUGCGUGAACGAAAGAGAGAAUGCGAGAGAGUGUCUUCUUUUGCAGCUAAAAAGACAAAGAGAGAAUAUGGGGCUCGUUUGAGUGGAGCCAUGGUGGCCAAUUGCGUCAGUCGCAUAGUACAAAUAUGACUUGUACAUAGAAACCCUACUCCCUAACUAAUUGGUUAAUUUACUCACGCCCACACUCACACUGUAUCUAUAGUAUUUAUUACCUGGGUAGCAAUGUCAUUAUUGGGAUUAUUUUAUUAUUAUUAUUAUUAUUAUUAUUAUUAUUAUUAUUAAUUAUUAUUAUUAUUAUUAUAUUACGAAAUAUAGUUUUAUGUGUAUAUAUCUAUACAUACAUACAUACAUAUAUAUAUAUAUAUAUAUAUUAUAUAUAUAUUCAAUAUACGUGUUUUAAAUUUAUAUAGCAAGCAUAGUGGAAGCGUGCCUUGUUAAAUGUUCUCUAAUGUUGUAAAGUUUAAUUAUUGUACUGAUAUUCAUAAGUUGUGUGCGCAAGUACAUGUGAUAACAUAUCGGUGACCAAAAUAUUACACAAUCUAUGAAAAAUUGUAUAAAAGAUGUUCGCAAGCUUUUUUUUCAUAUUAUCCGAUGUAAUACAUAAAUGAUUAAUGAGCUUCUAGAAAGGUGCCUAUAUCUUGAGUGAGUUAUUUUUUACACACAAGGAUAGUGUUAUCAUUAAAAACAAGGUUUUAUUUCUUUACGGCAUGUAUAUUCACAUUAGGUAUACAUCAUCUUUCAGUUCAUACGUUAGAUAAUAAUUACAAUAUGUUACCAUGUUAUGUAACAAUAUGGUACGCUUAAAAUGAUCCCUAAGAGUGUACCAACUUGAAUAAAAUUUUGGACUGAAGGAUUAGCAAAUUUCUGCUAUGCUUGCAAUAUAUACCUAUCCUCAUUCUUAUACUAUGUUCAAUGUAUAAACAACCAAAAUGUACGUGUGUAUCCUGUACAUGCGAUUCUUCCUGUCAAUCAAAAAUUAUAAAUCAAAAAUUAUAAUAUUUUUUAAUUUA